AUGAAGCGUACGAGCACGCUCAAGCACUACCUCACUCCGCCCGGCGAGCCUGAAUUCAUUAUUGUCUCCCUCCUAAGCCCGCGCUUCAAAGAAACUGCUGAGUUAUCUACCACUCUGUGUCGACACACACGAGCCCGCCGCAUCGCAUCCGAAGCGCCGAAAGUGCGGUGCACUCAGCGCCACUUAAUAAUGUAUCCAAUUUUGGAAAUCCCCCCGCCCCGGCCGGUCUCCUCGCGAAAUUCGGCGCCGGAAGCCGGAACGCGGCGGCGUCGUAGAGUUCCGGAAUUUAAUUCGGGCGUCGGUGCUCCGCUCGAG